CGGAGGUGACGUCAGUUUAGGGCCAGACGCGAGUGUUUGUUAUGGCUCAGUUUUAAAGCGUAUCACGCUUUGAGUCUGCGGGUUUUAGACGCGCUUAUAGCGCUCUGUUUACUCUCUGUUUAAAGCGGGAUUUAAUAAAAUGUAAUGAUGCCCAGCCUACAAACCCACUGAUUCUUACAGAACCGCACAAACACAACCUCGAGCAGCGGAUGGUGGGGCUGCUGCUGCUGCUGCCGCUGCAGGAGCCUUCAGUCCGCUCUGAACAUGUCAACACUGAGGGCGGUUCUGGGGACAGUGCGGCUAAAAGUGGAGCUGAUGAGAGAGGUGGGCCGGCAGUAUCCUGUCUUCUGCUUUCUGCUCAUCCUCCUGCUCCUCUGCACUGUCCUGCUGAACAGGUAUCUUCACAUUAUCAUCCUAUUCUGGUCAUUCUUAGCUGGUGUGGUUACCUUCUAUUGCUCAUUAGGGCCAGAAACACUGCUCCCAAAUAUCCUGAUAACUGUUAAACCAAAGAAAAGGCCAGAACUGCAAGAGUUGUUUCCUUUGGCUCACAGCUGUGCUGUCUGUGGUAAAGUAAAAUGCAAAAGACACAGACCAACAUUGCUCCUUGAAAAUUAUCAGCCAUGGCUAGAUUUAAAAGUGCACUCCAAGGUGGACGCGUCUCUUUCAGAGAUCCUUGAGCUGGUGCUUGAAAACUUUGUUUAUCCAUGGUACAGGGAUAUUACAGAUGAUGAGGCAUUUGUGGAUGAACUCAGAGUGACCUUGCGGUUUGUUGCUGCGGUGUUGGUCCGCCGAGCUCAAAGAGUUGAUAUUCCAUCUCUCAUAACACUCAAACUGCUAAAAGUUGCCAUGAAACACAUUGAAAUUAUUGCCAAAGCAAGACAAAAAGUAAAGAACUCAGAGUAUCUGCAGCAGGCUGCAUUAGAGGAGUAUGGUCCAGACCUGCAUGUGGCAUUACGCAGCAGAAGAGAUGAGUUGCUCUACCUGCGCAAACUAACCGAGAUGCUCUUUCCAUACAUCUUACCCCCAAAAGGCACUGACUGCAGAUCUCUCACUCUUCUGAUAAAAGAGGUUCUUGCUGGUUCUGUUUUCCUUCCCUCCAUGGAUUACUUGGCUGAUCCUGACACUGUGAACCACUUACUGCUUAUUUUCAUCGACAACUCUCCACCAGAAGCUGCCACUGAACCUGCCUCUGCACUUGUCCCGUUCCUGCAGAAGUAUGCAGAUGUGCGCAAUAAGAAAGCUUCGGGGUUAAAGCUUGAACUUAAAGAGAUUCGGGAGCAGCAGGACUUGCUGUUUCGCUUCAUGAACUUCCUCAAGCAAGAAGGAGCUGUUCAUGUGCUCCAGUUCUGCCUCACUGUGGAGGAAUUUAAUGAUAAGAUCCUGUGCCCAGAGCUGUCUGAUGCUGAAAAGCUAAUGCUGCAUGAGGAGGUGAGGAAGAUAUAUGAAACAUACUGCCUGGAUGAGAGCGUUGACAAAAUCCAGUUUGACCCUUUUAUUGUGGAGGAGAUUAAAAACAUCGCAGAGGGCCCGUAUUCAGGCGUUGUGAAACUGCAGACUAUGCGCUGUCUGUUUGAAGCCUAUGAGCAUGUGCUCUCCCUGUUGGAGAAUGUCUUUACUCCCAUGUUCUGCCACAGUGAUGAGUAUUUCAGGCAGCUGUUGAGAGGGGCUGAAUCCCCAACUAGAAACUCCAGACUUAGCAGAAAUAGCGUGAGUUUGGAUGACAUCCGCUCUGCUGACUGGGACUAUACUCUCAGCCUUGAGUCUGCAUCCAUCUCCCCCGGCUCCUCACCCACAACUGUUUCCCCUCAGUUUUCAUCCAUUCAUACCCUUCCAUCCAGCUCUAAUGCCUGGCGCGCCUCAGCGCUAAAGAAUACGUCGAAGCGUGGAGAGUCUUUUGGGAUUAGCCGCAUUGGCAGUAAGAUUAAGGGAGUUUUCAAGAGCACCACCAUGGAAGGGGCCAUGCUGCCCUCUUAUGGACUCGCAGAAGGAGAGGAUGAUAUGGUAGAGGAGGCCAUCAUGGUUAUGGAGGACGACUUGCCCAUGGAGGCCAUCAGUACCCCAAGCACUCCUCGCAACCUGUCUGCUUGGAGCAUCACAAUCCCCUAUGUUGACUUGUUUGAUGAUGAGAUCAAGAAGGAGAGGAUUCCGGUGUACUGCAUUGAUGUUGAGAGGAAUGACAGAAGAGCAGUGGGCCACGAAACUGAGCAUUGGUCAGUGUAUCGAAGAUACCUUGAGUUUUAUGUUCUUGAAUCUAAGCUCACAGAAUUUCACGGCUCGUUCCCUGAUGCGCAGCUUCCAUCCAAGCGGAUAAUUGGGCCUAAAAACUAUGAGUUUUUAACAUCCAAGCGUGAGGAAUUUCAGGAAUAUCUACAGAAACUUCUGCAGCACCCUGAACUGAGUAACAGCCAGCUUUUGGCAGACUUCCUCUCGCCUCACAGCAUGGAGUCCCAAUUCCAUGACAAGAUGUUGCCAGAUGUCAAUCUUGGCAAGAUAAUCAAAUCUGUGCCUAGCAAACUGAUCAAGGAGAAAGGGCAGCAUCUAGAGCCAUUCAUUCAGGCUUUCUUCAACUCGUGCGAAUCACCAAAGCCCAAGCCCAGUCGGCCUGAGCUUACUAUUCUCAGUCCCACAUCUGAGAACAACAAAAAGCUUUUCAAUGAACUGUACAAAAACAACGCAAACCGCUCUGAGAACAUGGAGAAGAGGCACAACCAGAAUUACUUUAUGGAGAUGAUCACUGUGGAAGGAGUGUAUGACUACUUAAUGUUUGUAGGUCGUGUAGUGUUCCAUAUACCUGACUGGCUGCAUCACUUAUUGAUGGGUGGGCGCAUCCUUUUCAAGAACACACUUGAGGCGUACACGGAUUAUUACCUGCAGAACAAACUAAACCAGGUUUUUCAGGAGCAUCGUGUGGUUUCACUCAUCACUCUGCUUAGAGAUGCUGUGUUCUGUGAGAACAGUGAUCCACGCUCUUUAGAAGACAAGCAAAAAAGAGCCAAGAGGACUUUUGAGGAAAUGAGGAAUUACAUUCCAGAUUUAUUUGGAAAAUGUAUUGGAGAGGAUGCCAAGUCUGAGGGAAUACGUCUUCUCUUUGAUGGCCUUCAGCAGCCAGUUCUCAACAAGCAGUUAACCUACAUCCUGCUGGAUAUAGCAAUUCAAGAGCUAUUUCCUGAAUUAAACAAAUUUCAGGUACAGAGAGAAACCUCAGUCAUGGCUCCAUGGAUGUAGAAAAGACAACAAGGAUGGAGACGUGUCCAUAUCUCCGUUGAAUGUACAACAUCCUCUAUAAAUCUCUGAAAUACCACUCUAAGAAUACUAACUCCCAUGUCUGUCUUAUGGGUCAAAGCAUGAAAUGUCUUAUACUGAGCUAUUUGCUUGGUAACUAUUAAGCUAUGGAGAGUGAAAUAAUGCACAUGUUUUAUGCAUUAUUUUAAAUAUGUUUUAAAUGUUUUAUUCUUUGUCAUAGACUGUGGACAGAACUUUGUUAAAAUAUUUAAAAAUACUGAAGGAAGGUACUGGAAGAACCGGUAAGACUUAACAUUUGAAAGCUUUAAAUUAUUGGUUUGUGAUUGUAAUUUAGUUUGAAGGGGUUGUAGAAUAUUUGUGUUUGUCAUGUCCUGUUUGUGGCUUAAUUAAGAAGCUGUGUUGCAUUUUGCUGCAUCAGAACUGACUAAAAGCUCUAGGAAAAGGAAUCAUGUCCUAAAGAUGUGUGCUAACAUGACCCUAACACUGAGGCCUUGCACUGAAACAAUAUUUAAGAUGCAAAUGCUAUUGUCUUGUAUAACAAAUAAAGCCAUUUUGUAUA